AUGCGGGUCUACUACUUUGCCCUCGCCUUCUGUGCCGCUCUUGCUGGUGUGACCAUUACUGCGUCGGAACCGGCCGAAUCGGCCAUAUCCUUGGGCAGCGUUCACGACGCCGCUAAGCAUCAAGAUGGCGUCCAUUUCGAACGGUCGCUGAUGGCGGCUGAAGCUACCAAUCACGAAGCCAGGUCGUCCAUGGGUGAGCAGCCGGUGACGGUAGUCAAGUCGAUGACAACGACAGUCAAGGCAUGGAUCGGACGUUUCGCGCAACAUGCAUCGAUGGAGCGAUUGGUUUUGGUGGUCAAGGCGUGGGCCGAACGCCUAACGCGAUAUGUGAAAUUCAAGCUGUUGCAGUACAAGUUCGAUGCGUUGGCUAAAGAAAUCGAAGGAGCAGUUAAGGAAAACCGCAAAAUUUGGGCCCAUUGGCUUAUCGAUAGUUUGACAGCAAAGGAAGCGGAUGGCUUGGCUAAGUUGUACAUGUACAGAGGACAAGGAGACACUCCCGACGCAGCGUUGGCCAAUGUUCUAGCGGGCACCUAUGGUGAUGAGGCGAUGGUUUAUGCGCUUAACAUUGAUUUUUUGGUUCGUUAUUUUCGCGCAGGAACAGGCAAGGAAAGAGUGCAGAGCGCAAUGAUUGCGCAUUGGAAAGCGGGGGACUACACACUGGAAACGAUGAUCAGCUGUAUUCAUAAGGCUUUUUGGCCGUUUCGAGACCAUGACUUCUUCCAUCCUGCAGUCCAAAAAUUCUUGAAAGCAGUUUUUCCUGCCAGCUCCCACGACGACGUGAACGAAGCCCUGUUCAAGCAUUUCAACAAGAAUGUACGCCGACUUGCAAGUGCUUUAAAAACCGCGGAAAGCAGUGCCGAUCAUGACCAUGAAGCUGUCAGGGAAUGUGCUAGGUGGCUGGAAUCUUGGCAGAAAGUGAAUGUCAAUGGGGCAGCUAUGAUUUAG